AAACACGGCAUCGUCUGCGAAACACGAAGUUCACCGGAACUAUAAUGAAUAGCGUGAAUAGACUAUAGUAUAGUCUACAACCCUUUAAAAGAAAAAAGAAGUGUAAUGGAAAGUAAUUUGACAAACUCGUGACUUCACGCACAAUAAGAGUUUUGGCAUUGUUGGGAGAAUAAUGGGUAGCUAUGUAGGAUAUAAAGAAGACCAGGAUGUUCAGCUCACUCCAGGAGACCAUGCUGUUGCUGGUGCUGUAAGUGGAAUGGUCACUCGAGCUCUUAUCCAGCCCCUUGAUGUUCUUAAAAUUAGGUUUCAGCUGCAAAUUGAACCAACCACAAGGCGUGGUGGGGGGCUGUACCAUGGGAUUUUCCAGAGUCUAUUCACAAUUGCAAAAAGUGAAGGUCCUUCAGCUCUCUGGAAAGGGCAUCUUCCAGCUCAAGCACUAAGUGUUGGAUAUGGUGUUGCACAGUUCUGGAGUUAUGCAGUUCUCACUCAGGCAGCCACUGAGCAUGGUUUUCCUCAUGGAUUGUGUGGAGGACUUGCUGGAUUUUGUGGAACAUUGGUAUCCAUGCCAUGUGAUGUGAUACGUACCAGGAUGGUUGCACAAGGAACUCCAAAGUAUUACAGUGGUAUGAUGGAUGCAGCAGUGAAGAUGGUUCGGCAAGAAGGAGCAUUAAGUUUAUGGCGUGGCUUUCUACCAACUGUUGCUAUGAAUGCGCCAAGUUCUGGACUCAUCUUCUAUUUCUAUCAUGCAUUUCUUGCGCUUACUAAUAAUCUUAUUGGCGAUGUAUUCCAUCUUCCCUGGCUGAGUUGCAGCGCUUUGAGUGGGAUGGCGGCAGGCGUGUGUGCCAAAGCCAUUCUCUAUCCUCUUGAUGUUCUUAAAAAGAGAAUGCAGAUCCGAGGCUUUGAAAGUAACAGAAAGCAGUUUGGCAAGGUUAUUGUAUAUACAAAUGUAUGGAAGUACAUAUCAACUGUGAUGCAGGAAGAAGGCAUGCAGGCGUGGUUUAAAGGACUUUGUCCGAGUAUGAUCAAGAGUGGCUUAGCAACAGGGGUCAUUUUUGUUUCAUAUGAAGCCACCUGUUACGUUAUUUCUGUUGCCCGUGGAAAGAGUACUAGUCCAGAUGACACCAGCAAAUGACGAUGAUAAUAUCUUUCUCUUUUUGACGAACCUCAGAUUUAGUCAAUAUUGUUUCAGCCUAUUGAAACCCUCAAAGACGUGCCUUAUAGGUAGUACUUGUGAUUACAGUUCUCUUCCUUCUAAUGCAUAUAGACUCAGAAAUAGCUUAUUAUUAUUAUUCUUUAUAAUCUUCAUUAUCUCUCACUCUUUUCAGGAAUUAUUUAGGGAUAUGUCAGAUGAUCUUGAUGUUUCUGAAUCAGUUGAUAUUAAUUACUAUUGCAUUAUGAAUCCAAAUAUCUUGCAAACAGUGAUCUGUGAUAAUAAUUUAUAAAAUACAUACAAAGAUUUCUUAGACAUAAGUUUUGUACAGUGUAUAUAAUUUUUGUGAAUAUGAUGAUGUUCAUCAUUUUGUGGAUAUUUACAUGAUAUUGCAUACUGAAAAUAUAUGAUUAUAAAUAUCCAGUAUGCAACUGUUAUGUUUGUAGUAUUUUAAAUAGAGGCUGCUCCAUGCAGAUAUUUAGAA